UCCAUAGUUAGGCAUUACAACUAGCAAAUAAUAUAUAUACAUUUUUUAUCUACAAAAUUUUGCAAAAAGAAAAAAGAAAAAAUGGGUUUUAUGACAUUAUUAGAAGUGGCAUCAAUGCCAAUAUUGCAAGUGCUAAUAGUAAGUGGUUUAGGAGCUGUAAUGGCCACUGAUUAUCUUAAGCUGCUUCCUGCUGAUGCCCGCAAAUACCUUAACAGAAUAGUGUUUGUGGUAUUUACACCGGCCCUGAUGUUUGCGAGUUUGGCAGAGUCCGUCACCUUUCAAGAUAUCAUCACAUGGUGGUUUAUGCCAGUUAAUGUUGGAUUAACAUUUCUAUUUGGAGGGAUUCUUGGAUGGAUAGCUAUGAAAAUAUUGAAACCAAAGCCACAUCUUGAGGGACUCAUUAUUGCUACAUGCUCAUCAGGAAACUUGGGAAAUCUUCUUUUGAUUGUCAUUCCUGCAAUUUGCAAAGAAGAUGGAAGUCCAUUUGGUGAUCAUAAAACUUGUGCUUCUGUUGGCCUUUCCUAUGCAUCUUUCUCAAUGGCACUUGGAGGUUUCUACAUUUGGACAUUCACUUACCAGCUAAUAAGAAGUUCAUCCUUGAAAUUUAAAGCUCUAAAAACAGCAGAGGAGAACGAAGCGAUUAAGGGACCAAACAAUGACUCGGAGACAAAUGAAAAGUCUUACCUUCUUGACAACAAUUCUCAAGAUCAGCUUCCUAUAAGUACCACAAAAACAACUGAAAAUCAAACAGUAGAAGUAUCAUCAUGGCGAAAAAUAGUAGGUGUGGUACACACUUUCUUAGAAGAGCUAACAGCACCUCCUACUCUUGGAGCUAUUGUAGGAUUCCUAUUUGGUUCAAUUACAUGGCUGAAAAAUCUGGUGAUUGGGGAUGCUGCUCCCCUUAGAGUUAUUCAAGACUCUGUCAAGUUACUUGGGGAUGGAACCAUUCCGUGCAUCACUCUUAUACUUGGAGGCAACCUCACCCAAGGAUUGAGGAAGGCACAAGUAAAACCAUCAACUAUAAUAGCAGUAGUUUGCGUACGAUUCAUCUUCAGUCCAUUGAUAGGGAUUGGAAUUGUUAAAACAGCAGCGAACUUAGGGUUCCUUCCAGCAGAUCCUCUGUACCAUUUCGUGCUAAUGCUUCAGUACACCGUCCCACCUGCUAUGAAUAUCAGUACAAUGACACAAUUAGUUGAUGUAGCACAAGAAGAGUGUUCUGUUCUAAUCAUGUGGACUUAUUUGGUAGCAGCAUUAGCACUCACCAUUUGGUCCACUAUAUUUAUGUGGCUCUUAUCAUCAUAAAUUACAAAUCUUAGAUACUGAAAGCAGUAUUUUUUUUAGCCAAAAUUCUUUUAUGAUUGUGCUUGUAUACUGUUCUACAUUUAUUUAUGAAAAUAUAGAAUCAUUAUUUCUCAUC